UCAUAUUAUUCAGUGCCUUUUUCGGUGAAAAGAAAACCCACCUACCCCUCAUUCGAGUUUCAUUCCAACGAAAACUGUUUUUGAAGAGAAAGAGUCAGAAGAAGACUACUUUUGAUAAGUGCUGUGAAUAAAUGUGGUUGUUCCAUUGAAUCGAGGAUUAAACGGGACGAAGAAAUGAAAGUAAAAAUGUGCAAUGGACCAUUGUAUGUUGACUCAUUUUCAGCGUUUCAGUUGCUCAGGAACUACAAUCGGCUCGUUACACCAACAGAUUUCAAUCAGUACUAUAAUUUAGCUCUGUUAAAAGAUUUCGAACGCACCAAUGGUGCAUUUGGCUUUGGAGCACCAACGGAUUUCAUACCACCAGCGAUAAAUCCACCGAAAUCAACGACAACAACACUCAAGGAAUACCAACCGGCCGCCGAACCGAACAACGCCAUACCCAAGAAACCAUCAAGUCCCAAUCGAAUGACCGUAUCGUCAACAUGCUCACCGACACCAUCAACACAGGUUAGCAAUCGAUUGCAAAACGAUUCGGUCAAUAAUUUAACCGAAAAUCAAAAUACAUGCGAUCGUUUGCCCAAUGAUAUUAAUCGAUUUGAUGGCGGCAACGGCGGCUAUAAUGAAACUACACUGGCCAUUCCACCGAAUUUAAUAUCACCACCAACGAACGCAACGAAAAGCAAUGGCAAUUUAACACCAGCAAAUCUUCCGUCGUCCAUCGAUCACUUUCAGUGCAUCUUGAGCCGACGGCAACGUGGCGAAAAACGACCCAUUCCAGAAGAGCAGAAGGAUGAAAAAUACUUUGAACGACGGAAACGCAACAAUGAAGCCGCCAAAAAGUCAAGAGAUGCUAGAAAAGUUCGAGAAGAUCGGAUUGCAUUUCGUGCGGCUUUAUUGGAGCAAGAGAAUGCAAUUCUUCGUGCGCAAAUCCUGGCGCUUCGAGAGGAAUUAGCAACGUUGCAGCAAAUGAUUUGUAAUCGUGCAAAUAUCUAAAAGAAAACAAUCAGAACUUCUGUUCACACAUACACACUCCUGUAGCAGGUUCCCAAGAUAAAAAAAAGUGCAAUCAAAUUCGCGUUAACACUCAAAUAAACACGACACGACACCGCAAAUCAAACUCAAAAUGUAAAAUCAAAGUGUUGUAGAUAAAACAUUAAAUCACCGAACCACAACCAAAAAUAGUGCACGGUUUAUCUAAAACCAAACUGAGAACUGUCCAUUGUUUUUGUUUAU